UUUUGGAAUGCUUCUUUGGGAAUUGAUGUAUCAAAGAAUUCGGAUAUUGCUAAAAUAAAAGAAUAUGUUUUAUCUAAUAAAAGAGAAAAUAUUAUUUUUGGUAGAAAAAUCCAAAAACUUCAAAAACGGUAUGCGGAAAUUAUCUUUUCCGAUGAUCCACGAAUUCGAGCUUCAUUACAACACAUUUACUUGAAUUUAUACAACAUGUAUAUAACAUAUUGCUUUUCAGGGUACAAUUCUUCACCAAG